AUGACCCAGGAGCUUUCCCUUGAAAUCGCAAACCUCAGAGCAGACUGCGAGGGCACGUAUACGUGGUGCGCACGGGGCCUGAGCUCAUGCAUCGACUAUGCCCUUGUGUCACCAGGUCUUGGCAAGAGCCUCCGGAAUGUGCAUAUUGAUGAGGAAGGCCGGCACAGUUUGGGUAGUGACCAUAAUCGCCUCAGGCUGCAGUUUGAAGCAUCUCCUUGGCGUCAAAAGGUGAAGAAACACGAGCCUGCUACGCGGUUUCUCCCCGACGCGGCCUACGAGGAAGUGGCCAACGAAUUUGAACUAUGCCCCGGCCGCGAACAAGCAGAUACCUAUGAGCAGUACAUUGCCCAGCUCCGCCAGAUCAUGCGGAAACACGAGAAGAUUGUCAAGGCGCGUCGAGGGUUUAGCAGAAAGAGUUGGUGGGAUGGGGAGGUCCAAGCAGCAAUAAAAGCCCGCCGAACCGCCAACCGAUGUCACCGCCAGUGUGUAAAGAGGCCCCACAGCGCGGAUGUCCAGGCGUCAUGGCAGGAAUAUCUGCGGCGAAAACGGGAGAUGCAGGCUAUCACACAACGGAAGAUAGCAGAAGCCAAUCACAAGACGCUCCAUGCAAUCAAGUCUGCAGGCAGAGGAGCAGCGGCCAAAUUCUGGACAUAUGUCUCUCGGCUCGAUGGCAAAGCAACACAACCGGAAAUUCGCACAGAAUCAUCGGGGGACAAGACCACAGAUCUCCACCGAGCCUUAACCGACCAUCUUCACCAACUGUACGCGCAGCCACACCCCAGUACACAUACUGAACUCCCCUGCCCAGAUGUCUCAGAACCGACUGGCACAGGCCACCAGAAGUGGACAGUGGCAAGGAGCGCCAUUGACAGGGCUAUCUCCAAGAUAGGUGCCCGCACUGCUCGGGGCUUCGACGGCAUUCCUGCAGGGCUGGUGAAACGCCUCGGUGCUGGUGCACGGGCCCAGCUGGCCGAUUUCUUCAGCGAAAUCCUAGCUGGUGGCCCUAUACCAAGUGACUGGCUACGUGGCAAAGUAAUCCUGCUCCCGAAAAGGGGGGGAGACCCCGGCCUCCUACGAGACUACAGGCCGCUCACAAUCACAAGUGUUGUGUACCGAGUGUUCGCACAAGUUCUCAAGGUCUGGAUGACUACGUGGGCCGAAGAGGGUGGUCACCUCACGGAGUUACAGAACGGUUUUCGACGAGACCGACGGCUGGAGGACAACCUUUUUGUCCUGACCCAAUGUAUAGAGGUUGCACGAAAGGAGGAACGGGGACUGAUUGGCUGCUUCCUAGAUGUGUCAAAGGCCUAUGACAGUGUACCACACGAGCUAUUACUACAGCAUCUAGAGGCACUUGGGAUGCCGCCCACAUGGACUGGAUUACUCGGACGCCUGUAUAGAGAUAGCUCUGUUGUGGCCACCCUAAACGGAGCCUACUCAAGUGAGGUGAGGGUGGGCAAGGGAUUAAAACAAGGCUGCCCUCUUUCACCCUUACUCUAUAUGUUGUAUACCGCCGGUGUAGAGCGCAAAAUACUAGCCUCUGGGGUGGGCUUUGUGGUGGAGCGCAUAAGCGAUGGGCUCAAAGAACAGCAAACCCUGCCGGGACUCGUAUUCGCUGACGACAUUGUGCUGCUGGCGGGAAACAGUGGCGACCUGCAGACCCUCGUUACCAGCUGUGCCGAAGCCAUGGCGCCACUGGGACUGCAGUUCAACACGAAGAAAUCGGCGGUGGUCAACUUCUCUGGCCCGGGGCUUCCUGGUUUGCUGACACUGCCAGAUGGAGGACUGCUGCCCGAAGCACCUGAGUACCGAUACCUCGGGGUGAACUUCUGGGCACAAGUAGAUUAUACAGCAAACCACGAGAGGAACUUGAGACAAACAUCCCAGAGGGCCGGCCAAGUACUCCGUAGGAGGUGCCUGUGGGGUUUCAACCGCCCCAUUAUGGUGCGCGAACUAUGGAAGGCGGUACACGUGCCGGCGCUGACUUUCGCUAAUGCAGUGAUUUGCCCCGCUGCGCAGACCCGGGAGUGGCUUGAACGCAGUCAGCGCGCCGUGGGACGACUGGAUCUGGGGUGCCACGGCAACGUUGCCAACGAGGCAGUCCAGGGUGAUUUGGGUUGGUCCUGUUUCGAAGCGCGGGAAGCUCGGAGCAAGCUGUCCUACGAAGGCAGGUUGCGCCUGAUGCAGCCACAUCGCUGGGCACGGCGAAUAUUUGAUUAUGUUCACCGCAACGGCAUCCGCACCAGAUGGUCGAAAAGACUGCGGCACCUAAGCAGGAAAUACGGCUUCUAUGCGAGCCCUGUGCAGGAGGACACCGAGCGUAAGUGGUCCAAAGCAGUGAAGACCCAAGUGCGAAUGACGGAGGCUGACACUUGGCGGCGAGACAUGGAGGAGAAGAGUACACUGAGGAUCUAUAGGGAAUCCAAACAGGAAAUCCAUGUCGAACCUCUAUUCGACAAUAGUGUAUCCAGCAGCCUCCUCUUCGAAGCACGAGCCGGCGCUCUCAGAACUCUGGCAUAUCGCCGGCGCUUUGAUGACAGCGUGGGAGAUGCAAUGUGCCGUGUAUGUGGUGCCGACGAGGAGACAAUCGAACACUUGGUCAUGAACUGCGAGGGCCUCACAACAGCACCUACAGAUGGCACCACCUUACAGCAGGCGCUUGGCUUCUCGCCCAACGACGCUCCUGAUGGUGGCGGAGUGGCUACGACCAAGAAGCGACUCAGUGAGUGGUGGACAAAGGUGCGCGCACAUUGA